CAAAUCAAUUACGUGGUGACGAGUAUAAAUGGCAGCCCAUUCGAUAGUGGCGAUCCACAGCAUCAUUUGGCUCCUACCGACCGUGCGCUGAAAAAUGAAGCUCCUCGCAAUUUGCGUCCUGAUCGCCGUCUGCCUUGCCGUCGCCUCGGAGGCUAAGGUGACAAAAAGGCCCAAACCGACUUUAGCACCCAAGCCAACGGCCAAGCCCAAACCGUCAGUCAAGCCCAAACCAUCGGCUGCGCCCAAGCCAACGAAAAAGCCGGCGCCAACUCGUAAACCGAGGGAUCUUUAUGAAGAUGAGCUUCGUCACGAUUCAACUCGUCGCCCUCAUCCAUCCCGCCGCCCCAGGACUGAAAGGCCCCACCCAACACGCAGGCCAGGGACUAAGAGGCCCCACCCAACACGCAGGCCCAGAGAUUUGAUGGAAGAACGUCGUCACGAUUCGACUCGCAGACCCCAUCCAUCCCACAAGCCCAGAACCGGCAAGCCCCACCAUCCUAGCCGCCGACCCCAUCCAUCUCGCAGACCGAGAGAUCUGCAGGAUGUCCAGCAGGAACUUCGCGAAAAGACCCGUGCCCCGAAAACUCCCAAGCCUUCCAAAGCGCCUAAAACCCAAAAGCCUAAACAGACGAAAGCGCCUAAAACCCAGAAGCCUAAACCGACUAAAGUCCCCAAGACCCAUAAGCCCAAACCGACAACUACCACUACUCCGGCGCCUUAACUUGUGACGGCGUAGUAAAUGAAUCGCCGAUAUUCCUUUAAUCACUCAAUUUCAGUCACAUACACAAAUGUAUUGUGCCUAAUUGAAGUGUUGAUAUUUUAGCGAAGAUUAUUGGAUCGGACGGUUUUUUAUGACAUUGGAUAAAAUAUAUUGGCAAUUUCUAAAAUG